AUGGAACCGGAGUCGUGGGCGACGAAGGUGAUGGUCAUGCAAGGAGGACGUUUUGGAGGUGGGGGUGGGCAGCGGAGAAUCGGGGGAGGUCAUGUCAACCCUUACGACCUCCCAGGACACCUCCUGGUCGACAAACAAGAUCCGCAUGAAAAUCGUUGGGUGCCUUUCGCCCUCGCACACAAAGCGGAAGACGAAGAUGGGAAUCAAAAUCGGUCGGAGAGGGAGGUUCCGGGGUUGAUGAAGCUGGUCAUGUACGAGGUCCAACAUCGAAGACGAAUUAGAGGAAACCGGACUGGAACCGGGUUAGCUGCGGGAGAUGACUCCCGGAUCAAAGGCGAUGAUAGGGAGGGUGACGAGAAGAUGGAAGUCCUUACUGAGAAUCAUGACCGAGAAGGCGGUGGUGAGGAUCGGGAUUCAGGGUGGGACUGGUUGAAAGGGAAGACGGUGGUCCUCUAUGGGGAUAGCGUUUUGAGGUAUAAUAUGGAUCAUUUUUGCAAGUUCGUAGGAUCCGAGAUCAAACCCAUCCCCUGGAACUCUCCCGCUGGCGUUCCCUGGCCGGAGAACGUCAACCCCUACUCCACCCCGCAUAGACCUUUCGACCCCGACGACAGUUCCGAACAAGAUGGGAGUGGGUGGAAAGACUCGAAACCGGACCCGCCGGGGAAUGGGAAUCAUUGGCCGCAUAUCUGUUAUGUGGAAGAAGUGGACUUUUUGGUCGUACACGUUCAUCAGUAUGGGAUGGAUUUGACGGAUUAUUGGACGUUCAAGAACGGCAUCAUCCCCCCGACAUCGACCGACCUCCGGGUCGAUCGGCUGCUACGCCCUGUUGUCAAAUCGAUCAUGGCAUCGAUCGCGAGGAACGCCUCCAAUCCAAAAUCGAACGUCGUCGGGCCGGUCACGACUGACCUCAGACAGGGUCGACAGGCGCCGGAUCUGAUCCAGGUGAACACGGCUUUGUGGGAUACGGCGAGGUGGUUGAGAUUGGACCUCGAGAACGAUAGGUCGACGAUAGACGGGUUGUCUAGCGACCGACUCACGUGGUGGAAACGUCGAGUGAGAGGCGUAGCGAACGUCUUGCGCAAGGCUUAUCCGGAUGUCCCGAUUCAAUGGGUCACGCAUCAUUACCCCAUCAGCGGCAACUUGGACUGGUUCACCCAGGAUAUUCCCAAGACGAAUCAACCGGACAACCAGCUGCCUCGCGCCAACUCGCUGGUCCGUUUCGUCCAACUCCGGCAGACGCUCGAGGCGGCCUUGCGUGGUCCUCCAGCCGAGCCGACGGAAUGGUGUGACGCCGACUGCGUUCGGGAACAGUACGAAUCGGCCAAGAGCGUCAGUAUCGGACGUUGGGGGGAUCAUAUGCUGGGAAUGGAGAGGUACAUGUUGGAUGCGCUACACCCGGCUGCGCUUCCUGGAGGUUACCUCUGGGGGGACAUGAUGCUGUACGAGCUGUACAGGGUGAGACGAUAGACAGAGAAGAAGCGGAUUCGGGUGGUUCAGAAAAAGCGCUUGUGUGUGUUUUCGCGAGAGAUACAGAGCGAUAUACCUUAUACCAAG